CUAUUCCAAAGGAUGACAAUAUCCUCUUCUUUGUGUCUAUUCUCAUUAAAAUGGUGCAUUAUGGAAGAAGCCGUUUAAAUGUUUGUUCUUUGGACUGUUGGUUUGCAUCUCUAGUCACAGUAGUUGUACUUGUGCAGGUUCCUUGGGCCUCUUCGAUUGUGGUGCCGAGUUCAAAUUGCUAUGUCCUUGAUAAUAGCAGUCACAUUUACGAUUUUACUGAUUGGAUCGGUCAUCUUUUUGAAUACAACGGACAGGGUUCUGAGACUGACUUUGCUGUUCGGUUUUGUAAAGAUGUCGAGAGCAGAUCACAAAAGGGUUAUGUUGAUUUCGGUCGGUUUACCACUUCCAACAAUUUUGUAGCUGGUUCUGGGCAUGUGAACUUUGUUCAAGGAUUCUUCAAUGGUGACUUGCUGAAUUGUGAAGGUAGCUUUGAUAAGAUGGGGCGUACAGCCGAGGUAAAUAUCACAUGUGGAGAUUGUUUAAACAAACGGUGUAAAGGUGGACUUGGCUGCAUAUGCAAUGUUGCUUACGAUUUGACAAUGUGCAGGGCUUUUGUUGAGCUUGCUAUCCCAUGUGGGAAACAAGGUUUGCGGGUAUUUGAAGGUUUCACUGUUGGGUUUCAUCCUCGGUCAUGGGAAGUUGUUUACAAUGGCUUGACUCAGAUAGGUUUCGAAAAGGCUCGCCAUGAGUUCAGCUUUGGAACUGGGCAGACCCGCGUCUCUCUUUAUAUGACGGCAAUUUCAGCUCUUUCGUGUCUGGUUGGAAAACCAGUUUUAAAGUUUAAACCAGACAAAGGUCUUGAUGUUAAGCUAUCGGUCUCAGCUGCAAAUGGGAGCCCACCUACCACUUUGUCCCCAUCUAUAUUGAAUGUGGACUGGAGAUGUGAAAAAGCUUGUGAUGCUCCGUAUGAAGUUGUUGUUUCUAUACCAGUGGAGGGUUAUGAACCUAUUGAGUUCACCCUUACGAAAAUUUGUGAAUAUAGGCAGGAAGGAGAAGGUGAUGCUACAAGAGGAUGGGCCACAUUUGGAGUGCUGUCCUGUGUAUUCAUCGUGUUAUCAACAGUUUUUUGCUGCGGAGGAUUCAUUUACAGAACUCGAGUAGAACACCAGCAUGGGCUUGAUGCGUUGCCAGGCAUGACAAUUCUAUCUGCAUGUUUAGAAACUGUUAGCGGACGGGGCACCGGAGGCUAUUCGCCGGUGGACGACAGUGCCUUCAUCAAUCGAACAUCCUGGGAGCAUGUGCCUGUUUCAGGUCAAGGAACACAGAGAACCAGCAGAGGAAAAUACGGGACUAUUUGAAGACCGUGCAUGUGGUUGUCAGUUUUUCCAGGUCUUCCGACUUUCCUAUUUGUAUUUUGAUUUUCUUUGAGCCAGCUUAAAGUUUAAGAUUGUUAGAAUCCUUGUACAAUCUAGAUUUUUGUUCUAGAGCAGCUCUUGAUGAUAUUGAAUUUUGGCCAAUUUUUAGUUGCU